AUGGUGGGUUGCAUCAACCGGCGGUUAAAUUACACCUUAUCCCCGUCCUCCAACUUUGACUGGGUGUUGAUUGAUGCCGAGCAUGGGUUAAUCUCUGACAAGGACUACUAUGAGUUGACCAACGCGAUAGCUUCUGAAGGAGCGAGCCCGAUAAUUCGUGUCUCUUGGAACGAAGAGUGGAUGAUUAAGCGUGCUCUUGACGCUGGCUGCCAUGGUGUCCUGACACCCAUGUGCCAUUCUGCGGAUGAUGCACGGAAGAUCGUUCAGUACUCCAAGUACCCUCCACUUGGGUCUCGCGGGUACGGGCCAAUGUUUGCGACUCACAGUUUCUAUCGGUUGCUUGCCGGUCAGUACGACGAGAGGGCGAACAAGGACUUGCUAGUGGCUGUGCAGAUUGAGUCUAGAUCUGCAGUGGAAAAUGUCGAGGAGAUUGCAAAGGUGGAGGGGGUUGAUGUUCUGCUGAUAGGGCCUUUUGAUCUCGCCAAGCAAAUGGGAGUGACUAGAGGGUCGCCAGAGCAUGAAGAAGCUAUCCAGAGGACUCUCAAAGCAGCCAAGAAUGCUGGGAAGAAAACUGCCAUCUUUUGCACGAAUGGGGCUCAGGCUCGCUCUCGGGCACAAGAAGGAUUUGAUAUGGUUUCUAUAAUCACUGAUCUUGGAGUCUUGGAAGAGGGUAUUAUGCGGGAAUUGGCUGUCGCCACGGAUGUACGCCCACAAGAAAAGGGGCGAGACCAGUAUUGA